CGUAUUCAUUAGAUGACAAAUUUUAGUUCAUUCUAAGUUGUGAUUAACUGAGUCAGAUAAUCAAAGAAUUGUAUUCAUAGAAGUUAGCAAAUGAUAAAAAAAUUAGAGAUUAGUAUAGUAUAUUAAUAUUAAUUUUGGCUUAUGUAACUUACGACGUAGUAACAUGUUUGUGUAUUGUAUAUAAUUUGACAAUGUAUUGUACAAAACUGUUGUAUAGAUUCACACGAUACAGUAAACCGGUUUUUUAUAAAUUUAACCUAUCAAACUUUAUACAACCAACGUACAGGAUGUCUACAGAUACAAAAUCCAUGGAAGAAAUAAAAUCUAUUUUAAAAAAUAUGUAUUUUGCCGGUAUUAAAGCAGUUUCACCUAAAACUCUUAUACUAAAUAAAGUGAAAGUUGAAAAUGGAAUAUUACAUGCUGGAGAUGAAAGGUUUGAGCUUAAAGAAAAUGUUUAUUUGAUUGGUUUUGGUAAAGCUGUGAUGGGUAUGGCAAUAGUUCUUGAAUAUAUGCUCAGUGAUUGUUUAAAGAAAGGUAUAGUCAGUGUCCCUUCUGCAUCCACAGAUGCAAUGUGGGAAUCUGAAGAUAAAUCGUACUUUCCUAAGUUAAAAACUACUGUGGUAGAAUAUCGUGAGGGUAGUGUAAAUAAUCAGCCAGAUGACAGAGUUCUAGACACGACUCAUGAUAUCAUAGAUUUAGUAGAAUCUUUAACUGAAAAUGAUACUUUAAUUGUGUUGAUAUCGGGAGGAGGUUCUGCACUACUUUAUAUGCCACGACCAACUAUUGAUCGUGAUGAUAAAUUACAGCUUUGUAAAAUGGUUCAGAAUGCAGGGGCUGAUAUUAGAGAAGUUAACAUAGUAAGAAGAAAAUUAUCUAUGGUUAAAGGUGGUGGUUUAGCUCGAAUGGCUUAUCCAGCUUCUGUUAUUACGUUGAUAUUAUCAGAUAUUGUAGGUGAUCCUAUAGAUCUAAUUGCUAGUGGUCCAACUGUAUAUAACAACAAAGCACCAAAGGAUGUAAUAAAUGUAUUAAAAAAGUAUGAUUUAUUUCAAAAAGUAGAAAGUGAUCUAAAAAAAGUGAUAACAUCUAAAGAAACUUUUAAAGACCGUCCACUAUUAGCUGGAAGAAAAAAACAAUUUAAACAUGUAAAUAAUGUUGUUUUGGGCAAUAAUUUAGUAGCUGUUGAAGCAGCUGCUUUUGAAGCGCACCGUAACAAGCUCACUCCGAUAGUGUUAAGAACUGAUGUUGAAGGUAAUGUUCAUGAAGUCAGUUUAGCAUAUGUUCAUAUUGCAAGUUUAAUAUGUCUUGCAUUAGAUAAAAAAUUAACAAGAGAAGAAUUUUUUGAGAAAGUAAAAGAUAUACCUAUACUUUCAUUACCUUCCACUAAAGUGGAUGAAAUUUAUAAUUUGAUUGAAAAUAUCAGUGGGGAAGGAGUGGUAUUAAUUGGAGGAGGAGAACCAACAGUGGUAGUUCAAGGAAAAGGAAAAGGUGGAAGAAAUCAAGAACUAGCACUACAUUUUUCCUUAGACUGGUUGGCAAAGAUAAAGAGUAAUCCUCGGUUUUCGGAAUAUGAUGUGAUAAUGUUAAGUGCAGGUACAGAUGGCCAAGAUGGUCCAACUGAUGCAGCAGGAGCAUUCGGUUAUCCUGCUAUUGGUCCAAUUAUUCAUGAUAUGUACCAGAAAGUGAAAAGUUUAGCUUCAGAGAUGGUAAUUAAAACAGAAACAAAGAAAGAAGCCAUUAAAAAGAAGGAAGAGGAAAAGCAACAGCUAGAAUCAUUACGACCUAAAGAAAUUUGCAAAAGGCAACUAUUAAGUGGUUUUUGGCCAAAAAAAGAACAUACUGAAGUACAAGAUGAAACAACAGAAGAACAGAAAAAACUUAGUUCUACAGUAGAUGAAGAGGCUUUACUUCCAUUCAUAUAUUUAACAUUAGAAGUAGAACGUAUGUUACCAGAAAAUACUUUAAAGGAAAAUGAUUCAUAUAAUUUAUAUUCGCGGUUCAAGAAAGGUGCAGAUUUAUUUAAAACUGGUUUUACUGGAACUAAUGUCAUGGAUUUACAUUUUAUUUAUAUCAAGCAACGUAAGUGUGAAUGUAAACUGGACUUUGAAAAAGAAAUAUCCGAAAACGUUUUAGAUAUGCAUGACUUGCAUAUUGACCCAUCAACUAUUGAAAAGUAUAAUGCCCUACAUCAAUUACACCCUUUCAAAUGGGAGAAGCGUUUAUAUAGACUAUCACCUACUGUUAAAGAUAAGGCUGAACAGCUCAAUUUAAAAAUUAUUGAUGAUAAUUUGCUACAGCCAUGUUGCCGCAGAGAUAGAAAAUUUCCAUUAACAGAUGUUUUGAAGGAAAAAAAAGUUCCACUAGCACAUGAAUAUUUACAUGAAAACUAAUAGUAGUUGAUUAGGUAUAAAUAGCAAAUUUUAUAUACAAAAUACUUAUUUUUGUACAGUAAAACUUAAAAAA